GCUGAGCAGAAGGACGAUGUCAUUUCACAAACGAAGCACUUACCAUCAUCCUGGCGGCGAUGAUGAUGCCCAUUCUCGUCCUGCAAAGCGAAUGUGACCUGACAUACCCUUGUCUGCUACCAAAGUAGCUUCUGCAGCGGACCGUCCGGCACUUCCAGCUAAGCCUCCGACUCAGAUAAUCUCCUCUCUAGUGUUCCGAUUAUUGUCUCCACCCCAGGUCGCCUACUAGAUCAUUUGCAAAACACAUCUUCUUUCGACGCUGGAAAAUGUAGAUGGUUGGUUCUGGAUGAGGCGGACCGCUUAAUGGAACUCGGAUUUGAGGACACUAUCAAUGGGAUUGUGCAAGGUCUGGAUGGGAGGAGGAACCUCGCUCCAAGCGGUUCGGGACGGUAAGACCUUCGAGGUCAGGAGUUGGGAUUGGGACUGGCAAAGAUGGACAAUUCUUUGUUCGGCUACUAUCCGUGAAGACGUACAGAAACUCGCGGGCACCAUGUUAAUACAACCGCUAGUAAUCAAGGGACUCGACAACGAGAAGGCGGAGGAUUCGUCAGCAUCAAAACAUGGUGACGAGACAGCUACCAGCGGCACCGAGAACUUCACUCCCCCCUCACAACUCUCUCAGAAAUAUGUUAUUGUUCCUCUCAAAAUGCGUCCUUGUCCACUUCUUCGCUCAUUGCUCGCUCGGACACAAGGACAAAAAGGGUCGAAAGUCAUCGUAUUCCUUAGUUGUAUAGAUUCGGUCGAUUUUCACUGGCGCCUGCUAGGCGAUUCGUCUAUGGACGGCGAGAAGACGGAAAGUUCUGGGCCUGGCGAAGACAAGAGCGACGACGAAGAUGACAAGGCAGAUGAAGAUGAAAGUGAAAUCGCUGUGCAGUCUUCGCUCCUUCCAGGCGCUUCAAUCUUCCGUCUUCACGGCUCCCUUCAUAUACCAAUUCGUCUCGCCUCUCUACGGGGAUUCUCCGCCAUUCCUUCCUCGAAGUCCAAAACACCUGCUUCUGCGUCCUCUAUUCUCCUUUGCACGUCCGUGGCAUCCCGAGGUCUCGGCCUACCCCUCGUUCGCGCAUUCGCGCAGUCGUACAGCACGACCUGCCCACUGAAGGCGGCGCAACUGAAAAAGUCCGACGGUGACAAGGUCAACAUCACUCUUGAAGGGGAAAGCAUCGAGAGUGUGUUAGCGAAGGGUUUAAGUGGAAAAGGCUCAGAGUACGAGGUGCGCGCGACAGAAGUGCAGCUUCCUUUUGAGCGCGUAUUCAAGGGUCGUGGCUCGCGUCCUGCUAAAACUACAACGCAGCAUGAUGUCGGUGACGCAGAGCAACGGAUGCAAGAUAUUGUCCGUGCGCAGGGCCGGCUCUCGAAGAAGGAUGGCAGGAUGAUUAGCAGUGGGACCAACGAAUUUCAAAUCGCAUCAGGCGUUACCUUGGAUUCACUCGUCCAUAGCUAUCGGUUGUAGUCGGACAGCAUGGUUUCCAGCUUCUCUUCCAUAGCAUGCACUCGAGACACUGGCAAGAUCCUUGUCGGGCCACAAAGAUGGGUAAAUCACUAUCUAUUGACGGAUGGUACCCCGUAAUAUCUUCAAGUUUGUGGACGAAGGAAGAUAAUCGCUUAAGUUCUAAUCUAAUACCAGAACCGAGCGGUUUAGACAAAACAAUCUAUUCCCAAUGUUCGUAUGACAGAUACGAACUAAGUUACGAAGUAAGAAAAUAUUAGACCCGUGCGCGCGGUGUGAACAUAAUGAAAAGUCCGUAUCGUGUGCAGUGUCUGUUUCAGGUCAGAAAGAGAACCAGCGCAUAGUAAG